AUGGCGCUCUCCCACGCAGAACUAUUCGAAGACGAAUUUCCCCUGAUCCGAAGCUGUCCUGCUUUGAACAAAAUUCGCCUUGCUGAAGAGAUAAACGACCUGACGAUAGAGGUAGCCUCCCAUACCGUGGAUAUUCAUGUAUGUGUGCGGUUAGGUAAAAGACGGGAAUGUUCUCCAUGCCGAUCGAAUUGUCCUGGCGGCUCGUAUUCCGUCUUUGCGAGCCGCUCUCCGUGGCCCCCUCGGGAAGGAAAAUUCGGUUCUAAGAUGGCCGACAAUGCCCCUCAGGUAAAAUUGCCGUCGUUUCUGUGAUUUUGCUUACUGCAUAUGCAAUUUUUAGUCUCGCAACUGCGUUUGUUCAGUAUGUCUACACGGGCCGAGUAGAGGUGACAGAAGGCAAUGCGAGGGGCAUGGUGACGCUUGCGAAAAUGCUGAAGAUGUCUCACCUGGUGGAUUGGGGAGUGGCAUUCCUGGUCAAGGGGUACACACAUUUCCCGUCUAACUGCCUGCUCUAAAGCGUCACUUUAGAAAAUCUGCCGGUCACAUGGGACUUUGCGAGAUCGAUGAAUGUUGAAGUACUGACGGAGAAAUGCAUCGGGCUGAUGAAAGCGCACUUUGAAAACUUUGUACCAACUGAGGUCUUUGUUCGCUUGCCAGCCGGGACUCUGCUGACUGUGCUUCGAGGCAACGAUCUGUCUGUGGGAUCUGAGGAGGAAGUUGUCGAUGCCAUCGCAAGAUGGGUGGGUGCAGAUGCUGGCCUGGUGGACGAUGAACGACUGAAAGUACAUGCUCCGGCUAUGCUGAAGGAAGUGCAGUGGCACCUGACGUCCGUGGAAUAUCGCAAUCGCCUGUUGGAGAAUUACCAAAUAUUCAAGAAAAGACCCGAAUGUCCGUAAGUAUAUGCCAUUUCAGCUCUGUUAUAUUUGUGUAAAAGUUGUCUGAUGUUUCAGAUUUCGAACUGGAUUGGCGACGCAGACAAGGACAAGCGGCCCUGCCCAUUUAACGUAAGGCCUCGUCUACGCCAGCGCAUCUUUCUCUUCGGAAAGGACAACGAAAAUGAGGACGGUUGGUCUGUCCUCCGCGUCAAUUCGCAGCUGCAGCAGGCAGAACGCGUUGCUGACAUGAAAGCAGACCGUUCGUGGGCGUCCUACAGCGUCGUGGGCGGUGAGUUGCCGUAUGGGUGUUUGAAUGCAGUCUGUCAGUGCACUUUGCCAUCACAUGGCGGAUCUUGAGCUCCUUAAGGUUUUUAUUCGAUCUUAAAGUAAUCACAUAUGACAGUUGUUUUUUGCGUAAAGUCCCUUGAUCCCUUAGCCAUCCACAUUAUGCGUUACGUUUUCCUUUAAUUCCCCUGGAAGCGAGCAUUUUCGUUGUUGGAGGGGGCAACGCAAGCCGUGACGUUGACGAGUUUCUGGUGAGAGAAGGCCGCUGGCGCGAGCGCGCUCCCCUCGCCGUUGGACGCCAGGAGCACGCAACCGCCGUCGUGAGGAUUCCCGCCGCCGAGGCCGACGGCGAGGAGGCGUUGAUUGGCGUUUUUGGCGGAUUAGGUGGUGAAUGUCUUUCCUCUUGGGAAGUCCCCAAGUUGGAGCCCAUUUCCUCCUGCGAAGUCUAUGACGUCAGGCAGGACAGGUGAGAAGACGCCUGGCCUUGACGCACAUCUUUCUUGCUAAUGAUUUUUCUUCUUCUUCUCGGACUCACUCACCUGUUAAUCCGAACAGAUGGCACAAGUUGCCCAACCUGCCGGAGAAGAGGUGGGGUCCAGCUGCUGCCUGUCUGCCUGGCGACAGACGGGUCUUCGUUAUUGGUGGUUGGGAUGGCUCCUUCACCGCACUUGACUCCGUGGUCUUCUGCCGUCUGCGAGCAGACUGGGGGGAACAGGCGACCACAGCGGACUUUUGGCUGACGGCUGCUCCCAUGAGAACUGCGCGACGGGGGCUCGCCGCGACACCCUUUCGGGGAGCAAUCCUGGUCGCCGGUGGAGUAGACGAUCGAACUCUGAACUCUGUGGAGAUAUUCUCACCGCCGGACGCCAGAAACCCCCUCGGCCAGUGGACGGAACUGGCUAGCAUGCAGGAGCCUCGCUGUCGGUUCAAUCUCCUCACCUCCACCAACGCCGUAUUUGCUCUCGGUAUCAAUACAACACAAAAUUAAAUGCGUUCUUUCCCCCUCUUUUAUGCCAUGCAGUCCGCCCCAUCCGCAUUAACUCUGCAUGCGACAUCCGCUCCAAAUAUUCAUCUUAAAUGUUCCUUUUUAAAUGCGCACUUAGCCAUUACUGCGGAUGCUGCCUGUCCGUUUUGGCCUCUUUUUUCUCUGUGACAUUUUCAUUUCGCAACGCAGCUUCAUUGCAAUUAUUUCUUAAUUUGUAGGCAACACGGUAGAGGCUUUCACAACACCCGGAGGUUCAGCCUACUUUGACAGUGACUUAACAUCUUGGGUUUGGUCGUCCAUGACCGCAGUAGAAUCGCUUAGCAGGAUUCAUGGAGCAGGAAUCAUUCGCAUGUAA